CCAAGUCCCCGUCCUUCCCGUCAACAUCACCGUAUCGCUCUCUCACACUACAUUUCUUGUCGUUUCCUCAAUGCGCAAUAGACGGUCGGAAAAGCCUCAGUCGCCCUGGCGGAUCACGUCACACAACGGAUAUUCUUUUUGCAACUGGAAGUUGAUCCUAAGACUGCACGAAGGUCCUUGAGACCCGACUGUGGCCCCCCCAACGAUUCCAAGAAAGGAAACACGAGCAGAUCCUCGUGACGAUCCUUGGAGGCCCCAUCGAUAUUUGCGAGAGGCCGGGGCUAUGCCGAUAGGCACCUGUUUGCCAUUUCUCCUCGAAACGCAGCUGAACAACGGACGACGCAAACACGACUGCGGACUGGGGGAGCUCCUCCCACCAUGCGUGCAGGCCGAGAGUUACACAUUGAGCUGAGGUGGUCUGGGCCACUCACCAUGCGUCCGCCCGCCGGGCCAGAACGAUGCGAGUUGAACGGUUGAUCUUUACUCGGCCCAGGGGGGUCCCUUGGUUUAUUUGAAGCAGCGCCGUUAUGCUUUUGAUAAGCCCUGGAUUGGCACACACGGGUGGCGGCAACGCAAGCUACGACACAGCUCCUUCCAAUGUGCUACCUGGCCGCCGAGGUGCAUGUUCAAUUCAGUUUAAGUACCUGUUAUGCGAAACCGCCCUUGAUUUCCGACUAGCAGGUAACAAGGUGCUCGAGCGCGUCCGAGCCUUGACCCAAGCAAGCAUCCCCUCCGUACCUCUAUGUUGUUACCUUAUAUACGGAUCUGGAGCCCGCUCCGUUAGGGUCGCGGCAUGCCACACCUGGCUUCCGUUGCUGACGAGUAACUCUCAUCUCUUUUCUUCCCAACGCACCGGGUGGUCCUGGAGCCUUCCGUACGGACCUGGUCAUCGAACGAAUGCUGUCGUCGUCCAGCAGUCGCCAUACCGAGGUAUUCUACUUUCCAGUUACAUCAGUAAUGCCAACCUAGAAAGCGUCACAUCGGUCAGUUCAUCUGCCUGCUGAGGGACCGGUAUCUAAAGUACAAACGGCCUUAUCCGUUUCCACCGCAGGCACUUCGACUAGCCUGAGUGAGCCACCAAUACGAUCCUCGCAUACGGUCUCGACCCUUCUCCAGCUGGCAAAAUGGUCUUACAGUGGCACGUUGGAUCGCCAGUUCUGCUGAAAGCCGUGCUGGUGGUGGGAGUAUGCCUUGUUCUCUAUAUCAGCCAGCAUCCCGCUCUUGACAGGUUUGACCAUCGAAUUUCGGGCCUUGAUCUGUCUCUGAACCUCCCCAAGGGCGGACUGAGUUUUGAUAACAACAAGAGCGACCACACUGGCUUUUACUCCUCCGAAGCCGCCAGCCAGUUUUGCAAACACCAUGGAUACCCCGUCUUCGCCCCCCAGACAGCAUCUGGCCGGCGAAAAGUUUACGAUCUCUUCAUGGUGAAUACGGAGCUCGACUGGAUGGAGAUUCGUCUCAACGCCACAUUCAACUACGUUGAUUACUUCAUCAUCGUCGAGUCUCCCAAGACUUUUACCGGAAGGCCCAAACCACUUACUAUCAAGGAGAACUGGGAGCGAUUCAAGCCGUACCACGACAAACUCAUAUAUCACGAGCUCGAGUUUCCCCCAACCUUCAGCCCGAGGAGGUCAUGGGACUACGAGGACCUGCAGCGCAACGCCAUGUACACACAAGUCUUCCCCAAGCUCACCGGCAGGCGAAGCCCGGCAUACGGGGACGUCAUCCUUGUAGCGGACGUCGACGAGAUUGCCCGGCCCGAAACACUGCUCGUGCUGAGGACGUGCCGGUUCCCACGACGCCUCACGCUGCGGAGCCGUUUCUACUAUUACAGCUUCCAGUUUCUACACACGGGGCCCGAAUGGGAACACCCGCAGGCGACCUUCUACCAGGGCUCACGAACGCUCCUGCCGGCGAACCUCCGGAUGGGCGACGGCGGAUUUAAACCGCUCAAUGAGCUCGAGAAGUCGGAUCUCGGGAACGCGUGCUGGCACUGCUCGAGCUGCUUCGCAACCGUCGAAGAGUUCCUCACCAAAAUGGCGUCCUUCUCGCACGAGUGGAUGAACGGCGAGAAGUUCCGCGACAGAGACCGGAUUGCGGACGCCAUCAGGAGCGGCAAGGAUCUCUGGGGCCGCGACGUUGAUCAAUUUGUGCGGCUGGACAACAACACGGAUAUGCCAAGCAUCUUGCUCGAGGAGCCAGACAGGUUCGGCUACAUGGUGAAUCGGGACGGGCCUUCGGCUGGGUUCACCGACUAUCCAUGAUUGAUUGAGAUCGUUUUUGUCUGUUUCGAUAACGGGGCUUGCCUUAACGCACCGCCUCUUC